GCUGUUUUGAGUUGCAUCGCAGCAACAACGAGACGGGCUUACAAGGGGGGGUUUCCUCCUGCAUACGAGUGUGCUCCUCUGCGUCUUGUUUCAGAUUUUUUUUUGGGUAAACCCUUUUAACCCUUUUUGGGGGUGAUACAUGCAAGUUUGCCAACAGGCCGGUUUUGUUGAUUGAUAUAACAUCAUCCAUCCUCCCCCUUCCAUCCACGAUGUAGAAAGAUGUUCAGCAGUAGUAUUUUGGUGUUUGUGUUUUCUCAACAUUCGCGCAAAUCUAAGCCUGGCGCUCAGUGUCUCCUUAUCACACUCUCUUCGAAUAGUUCCUUUUUAAAUUUGUAACUUUCAUCGACCUGGCGUCACCCUAUUUCGGCUUUCUACUACAUUGUUCCCAUCGACAACGGAAAACAUCUAAAUCAAAACCCACACAACAACGCAAUGGAUCUCAAGAGUCGCAUCUCGUCGCCUCUGGAGGCCGGCACCUCCAUUCUCGAUGUCCAGCACUUGCCGCCCCAUCUCAACGAGGCUCUCGAGUACGCCUCCAAGCGCCUAGCUAGAAAGGCCCUCCAUGUCACCCUCGUCGUCGCCCGCCGCGAGUACCAGCUCCCCACCCUCCUCCCUUCCUCCGCCUCCUCUUCGGCCUGCUCCUCGGUCCUCUCCUCACCGACAAUGUCGCCCGUCCCGGGCUCGGCAUCCAGCACCUCCUCAGUCUCGUCGUCGUCCUCCCGCUUCAACUUCUCCACGAAAUCGCCCGUCUCCUCCUUCAAGAAGCUCGUCCGCACAAACACCGGCUCCAGCGUCUCUUCCGUCUCCUCCGUCUCAUCGGCGGGCAGUAACGCUCCCGAGAGCUUCGUCUUCACUCCCUCCUUCCUCAUGGACACCAACGGCCCGAGACUGAGAUGGCCUCUGUCGCCCGGCAUCCCCCUCUCGCCGCCGCCCAUGACACCGUCGACGGCCUCUUCCACCAUCACCGACGCCUCCGGCCCUAUGUCGCCCAACCCCUUUGGCAUCCGCCUCGUCCACGCCGACCUGCUCACCGACAAGCAAGAGAGGACUCUGCGCCAGACCAUUGAUCGGGCAGAGAGGAAGUUCCGCAUUGGAACCGAAUGGCUUCCCCCGGUAGUAGACGGCUCCGCAUGCGGCCUAACAAGCAGCCUCAUCCGCCGCUCCAUCGUCCAAAACGAAGUCCUCUUCGCCUCAGAGGGCCUCACCCUCGUCUCCCUCGACCGCCUCUACACAUUCAAGGCCGCCCUCUCAAGCUACUCUCGCACAAACGCCCCUCUCCGCCUCGAAGAUGCCGUCGACGAGCUCCGCCGUCUCGUCCUCUCCCGCGCCGGCAACAAAGUCGCCAAGGCAGACAUCCUCCGCUCCUACGACUGGCUCAGCGUCACCGACGUCGCGCUCGCGGACGUCGACAAGAUGUACCGCAGGGCCUACGGCGGCCCGGACAGGGUCGGCGCCAUCGAAGGCGUCGGCGCCGCGGCGCAGGUGGCGAGGACGGUGAGGGAACUCGAGCGCGAGGUCGACGAGACGCUGGCCGGCACAGUAGCCGCAACGGACGACUUAAUCCGUAUCGCCAAGCCGCCUUCCCCGCCAAAGGGCCCCAUCCUAAAGCUGCAGACAAACUUUGACGUCAGGAACAUGGUGGCUGCGCCCGUGGAGGUCGCAGAGGAGGACGAGGACCUCACGGCCCGGCCGGAGCGUCAGCCGCCCGUGUCCAUCUGGAGCCCCGUGUCCAUUGCCGAGGUCCUGCACGAGGACCGUCGCAGCCAGUCGGGUCCGAUGACGCCCAACGGCUACGAUGAUAUCUCGCCCAUCACUCGUGGCGAGUGGGGGUUCCUCAUGGGACCUGCCGGUGUGGGUGGCGGUCGCACUGCCCCUGUCAUGACUUGCUGAGCGGCGAUUUUGUUCAUUUUCUUUCUUGCUGUGUUUGAACUAUGUGAAAAAGAUGUAGGAGCGGUUUGGUGCAUCCUUCUGUGUGUAAGAUAGCUUUCUUCCCUUUCAAGUGUUACGACCUUCACGAGUACAUUUUUCUUCUUCUGGGGAUACCAGGUCAGGGCAAUGCCAGACAUCAUGUACAUUACCUGCAUUCAAAUCGCAAAAAGGGCAAAAGCCCCUAAAAUUUCAGACAAGA